GGCUGGUCCUCCAACCAAUCGGAGUGAGUGAGGGGCGGGACAAUGACUGAAGCAUGCGCAGUGAAGUGUAUUAGAAGAGGACUUCCAGAAAGGAAACUCAAACCAAAUACCACAUCAAAAUCUAACAGCGGCACUCAAUUCAUCAGAACCUGGAUAUAAUCGUCUUUUGAGUGUUAUUAGAAGGGGAGGAUUUGCAGUCAGAAAACUGAAACCAAACAUCUCAUCUGGAUCUCACGGGGUCACUCAAUUCACCCUGACCUGAAUAUUAUCAGCCUUUGAACAUGGAAGCAAAAAGCACUGUUCACUCCGAGGAGAAACCAUGGAAAUGUGGGGACUGUGGGAAGGGAUUCAAUUACCCAUCUGAGCUGGAAAUUCAUCAGCGAGUUCAUACUGGGGAGAGGCCGUUCACCUGCUCCGAGUGUGGUAAAGGAUUCACUAAGUCAUCCAACCUGCUGACACACCAGCGAGUUCAUACUGGGGAGAAACCAUUCCCCUGCUCCGAGUGUGGGAAGGGAUUCGCUCAGUCAUCUGACCUGCUGACUCACCAGCAAAUACACACUGGGGAAAGGCCAUUCACGUGCUCUAAGUGUGGGAAAGGAUUCACUUGGUCAUCCCACCUGCUGAGACACCAGCGAGUUCACACUAAGGAAAGACCACUCACCUGUUCUGAGUGUGGGAAAGGAUUCACUAAUUCAUCCAACCUGAUGAGACACCAGCGAGUUCAUAUUGACAAGAAACUUUUUAAAUGCUCAGACUGCGGCAAGUGCUAUAAAAGUUCCCUGGACCUGAUGCAUCAUCAACGUGUUCACACUGACGAGAGACCAUUUAAAUGCUGCCACUGUGGGACUGGGUUCAGGCGAUUAUCGCAACUCAUUGUACACCAGCGAAUCCACACUGGGGAGAGACAGUUCAUGUGCUCUGAAUGUGGGAAGGGAUUUGCUUAUUCAUCCCACUUGCUUACACACCAGCGAGUUCACACUGCUGAGAGACCUUUCAAAUGCCCAGACUGUGGGAAGUGCUAUAAAAGUUCUGGGGAACUGAUGUCCCAUCAACGUGUUCACACUGACGAGAGACCAUUCAGAUGCUCUCACUGUGGGACUGGGUUCAGGCGAUCAUCUGAACUCACCGUACACCAGCGAGUUCACACUGGGGAGAGACCGUUCACCUGCUCUGAGUGUGGGAAGAGCUUCACUCAAACAUCCCACCUGCUGAAUCACCAGCGAGUCCACACAGGGGAGAGGCCGUUCACCUGCUCCAAGUGUGGGAAGGGAUUCACUCAGUUAUCCCACCUGCUGAGACACCAACAAGUUCAUUUAAACGGAUGAGAAACCGUUCAGGUGUUCUCAGUAUGGGACUGGGUUCAUGCAAUCAUCUGAACUCACUGUCCAUGAGUGAGUCCACACAAGAGAGGCCUUUCACCUCCUGUCAGUGUGGGAAGAGGUUUACUCAGUCAUCCACCCUGCUGUAACUCCAGCAAGUUCACAAGUUUCCACAGUGAUGGGAUUUUGCUGUUAACCACAUUCAGGAUUGAACCAUAUUCAUUGGAUUCUGUUUCUGCUGAUGUUAAUAAACUCCAGCCCAAUUAUAGGGGUUAAGGUUAUGGAUAAAAGGCAAAUAAAUCAG